UUCUAACCAUCUGGGGCCACUGUCCCCUCCUCUGGCCUCCAAAGACUGGAGCCUCUGGCUAAUGCCUCCUGUUUAGCACUGACCUCCACCCACUUCUUGGCUGCUGACCUCGGAGGUGGAGCUGACCCUUGAUUUGCUCAGCUCUUGGCUGGACCCGGAGGCAGCUGGGGCUGCUUGCUGCCUGGCCCCUCUGAGCACUGUGGAAAUGUAGGUGGCCUGAGGAUGGAAGCACCCUCGCUGUGAAGAAGGGUCCGGCUUUCUUUCUGUUGCUGAGGUCCUUGCUGGCUUGUUUGGUCACUGGUCACCUUGGGGACCCAGGGUUGGGACAGUGCUGUCUAGGGUUCGGUUCCGUGCUGCUGGGGCACCAUGGGAGUGGCUUUGUCAGCCUUGGGCACCUGAAGUGUGCCUUCAAGUGUGAGAAGUCGGGGGCAUGGGGAGCCCCAAGGGGAGUGGGCACAGGUGGUGGCCGGUGGGGCAGGUGGCCCGCUUGCAAUCAGAGAUGCCCCUAGGUGCUGUGUACCCCCUGCAGCUCCAGUAGAGGCCGAUCCUGGCCUGUGUGCUGCCCCCACCCUGGCCCAAGCCCCUCAUCUUGCCUGGAUUCUUGCCACGACCUCCCGUGUCCCCUCUCGUGUCUUCUGAACACAGCAGCGUGAUGCUGUUAGAACAUGGGCCACACCGCUUUGCCCAGAACCUUCCAGCUGCGCCUGCCCCUAGCCCCCCCCAGCUCAGAGCUGCCCGGGCUCUGCCCCCGGGCUCUCCUGGCUCACUCUGCUGGCAUCGGUGUUCACUGGAGCGUCCCUGCCGCGGGGCGCUGUCCCAGUCACCAGGGGGCCCUCACUGCCCGGCCGCACCCCGUGUUCUGCUCCCACUUCACUCCUCCUGGGAAUGAGCGCCAACAGUGGACUUGGGGUAUUGCCUGGAUUCUCCAAGUGUGAGUGCCUGGGGUUGUCUGCUUUCACGAGGCCCGUCCACGCUCAGGGUAGCGUCCGCACGGGGAGUGUCACUACGCAUUCUUUGAGAGAAACAAACAGACCUAAAUGCGGUGUCCUGGGACCUGUUAGCCAGGCUGCACCACAUGCCAUGCCACCCUUCAGGGAAGGCGGGCCUGGGCAGGGACACAUGUGGGGCUCUGCGUCCCAGGUCGUUGGGUUUGCCCACGUGUGAACCCGUGCCUGCAUCCCUUAGUCCGAGGCACAGGCUCUGCCCAGAGAGCUUGCCCAGAGCUCCCUCCCUGUGGAUGGUGCUGCAGCUGCGUCUCACCUGGCUGCGGGCAGAGUCUCGGAGACCCCUUGGCAGAGCAGGGGAGGCUGGCAGCCUGCUGCUCUUCUGCCGUGAGCGUGGGCCCUGGGCGCCGGGCAGUUGCCUGCAUGCCCGCUGUCAUGCUGCCUCAUGGGCCAGCGCCGCGUCUCCCCUGGUGAGGCUGUGGAGCAGGGGCCAUGCGCGGGCACUGCUGGGGCCCCUCACAUGUGUUUCUCUUGGCUCCUGGUGGCCGCCUGGUAAUGGUGAAGCGUGUGCCGGCAUUUGUCCAGCCCAGGGUGCAAACUGGGUUGGCCAGGCCGCCAGCCCACUGCCCUAUGCUGGGAGAUGCCACCUGCAUCCUGAUGGAGUCUGCAGUGUGUCCGGACACACCUCCCCAUUGUUCAGGGCUGCGGGGGGUCAGCCUCUGUGGGACUGGGGACACCCCUCUGGACCACAGAUGCUGUGACCCCCCUGCUGUGGGUCCCUGUGCUUCCAAGGGGCUCCAUCAUCCUGGCUCCUGGUGGAGGUGGUGCCGACUGCUCCGUGGCCUUCGUGUCCCAGGUCCUGGGGAAAGCCUGUGUCCGCGGCAGGCAGAAGGAGAUGCUCGGUGUGCUGGUGCCCCAGCUGACCGUCCUCACCCAGGGCAGUUGCCUCUGGCAGCGGGUCUGCUGGCGCCUGAUGGAGUGCGUGCCCGACCGGGCCAUGGAGGCUGUGCUGAUGGGGCUCAUGGAGGCUGCCUCGGGGCCUGCAGCGCUCUCACGGCUUUUGGGGAACCUAGUGAUGAAGAACAGAAAGGCCCAGUUUGUGAUGACCCGGAAGCUUCUGUUCCUCCAGUACAGCUACACGACGCCUGUGCUGCAGAUCCUGCUGGGGUACCUGGCCAUGGACAGCCAGCGGCGCCCACUGCUCACACAGGCACUGAAGGAGCUCCUGGAGACGUGGGGCGCCAGCAGCGCCAUCUGCCACACACCCCUGCCGCAGCAGCGCCAUGUCAGCAAAGCUGUGGUCAUCUGCCUGGCAUACCUGGGGGAGGCGGAGCUCCAGGACAGCAGGGACGAGUUGCUGUCCAGCCUGAUGGCAGGCGUGAAGAGCCGCCUGGACAGCAGCCUGCCUGCCGUGCGCCGCCUGGGGAUGAUUGUGGCCGAGGUGGCCAGCGCCCGCAUUCACCCGGAUGGGCCUCCCCUGAAGUUCCAGCCCGGCUGUUGCUCCAGCUGCUGCAGAGACCCCUGACGAAGAGGUGGUGGAUGGCGGUGUUCCCCAGGCUCAGAGGGAGGGCUCUGGCUCUGAGCUGGACAGCCCUGACCAUGUCCGAGGAUGGGGAGCGCUGGGAGGCGGCACUGCGAGCCCUCGAGGGGCUGGUCUUCAGAAGCCCAGUGGCUACUCGGGAGGUGAGCGUGGAGCUGGCCAAGGUGCUUCUGCACCUAGAGGAGAAGAAGAGCGUGGCAGGAUUUGAAGGCCUGCGCCAGAGAGCCCUGGUGGCCCUCACGGUCACGGACCCAGCCCAGGUGGCGGAGUACCUGACCUCUCAGUUCUACGCCCUCAACUACAGCCUCCGGCAGCGCAUGGACAUUCUGGAUGUGCUGACUCUGGCUGCCCAGGAGCUGUCGCGGCCGGGGCGCCUCGGGAGGGCCCCCCCCUGCUCCACGGGGCCCGGCGGCCCCGCAGCUCCCGCCUGGAGGAGGGUGGUGGAGGAGCGGAUCCGGAGCAAGACCCGGCGGUUUGCUCAGGGCUCCGCCCGGCGGGUACCGGCCGCCUGCCCCAACGAGUUCAGCCCCGUGGCCGGCUGCUUCUUCUUCCCCCUCGUUCGGCAUUUUGACAGGCCUCUAGUGACCUUCGAUCUUUUGGGAGAUGACCAGUUGGUUCUUGGGAGAUUGGCCCACACCUUAGGGGCCCUGAUGUACCUGGCUGUGAACACCACGGUGGCUGCGCCUAUGGGCAGGGCUCUGCUGGAUUUCGUGUGGGCCCUUCGCUUCCAUGGAGAUGCCUACGUGCGCCGGGGCCUGCUGUGUGCCGUCUCCUCCGUGCUCCUCAGCGUUCCCCCCGAGCGGCUGCUGGGAGACCUGCUGGGUGAGCUGCUGGAAGCUCGGUGCUGGUUAGCAGGCGUGGCCGAGCAGGACCCAGACGAGGACUGCAGGAUGCUGGCCGUGAGGGCGCUGCUGCUUCUGGAGAAGCUCGGGGACAAGCUCCUCCCGCGCCCCGAGCCGUAGCCCCCAGCGUCCCGGCCCACGGAGGAAGGCCCCGGAGGGCGCGCCAGGCCCAAGGAGCAGGGCCCAAGCCGGGCUUCGUGUGCGGCGGCCGGCGGGGAGGGCUGGGCACGCUCCGUGCGCACCGGGAAGCCCGGCCCGGGACGAGGGCCCCGCGGACAGGGCGGAGGCCGGGGGCGCCCGCGGGAGCCCCGUGGGCCUCUGGGCGGCGCACCCCCAACCCUUCCUCACCCGGACGCAGGGGGAAAAGAAUAAAUAGGAGUUUCAGGUGCUCAGA